AUGUCGCAAGUUAGAGAACAAGAGUUCUUCGGCGGAGCCAUUAAAGGCGUCGUGCCACAAGGCUGGAUCGACUCCAGCACACUCCGCGAAGUCCCAGACCACCAAGAGCUCUUCCUCUCACCAACAACACUCUCAACCCUAAUCAUCGAAAUCAACCAGCGCGUCUCAGAGGAAGAGGCACAAAGCACACUCUCAACUCUAACUCACCAACCCCCAAUCCCAGUCUCGGGCCCAGACUCAAUCGACCAAGCCGCGGUCCUGUACCACCUCCACGAUCUCUGCGACGAAGGCGACACCAUGCAGAUGCUCGCCCCUCCGCAGCGCGUGGAUAUUCCCCGGAUUUCGUCUUCAGCGCCGUCCGGUUCGGCUUCUGUUAAGGCUUAUCGGAGUGCUGUUUCGUUUACUACGCCUAAGAAGGAGGAUCCUACGCUGUUUGCUACGGUGCAGUGUCAUUCUUUGCUUGUGAGGCUUGAGGCGCAGGAGACCGAUUUGUUGAUCUUUUUUAACGUUCCUCGUGAGGAGUUCGAGAAGGAGGGGAAUGAGGAGGGGUUUAACAUGGAGGUGAAGGUUGCUGAGGGGAUUGUUGGAGCUUUGGUUGAGACGUUGGAGAUUUGUGAUUGGGGGCUCUUUGUUUAG